AAAGCGUCUUAAUCGGAAUUUCCCUGUAUUUUUUCCUGCCUUCCCUCCUCUUCCUACUAAAAUUCUUUGCUUUGACCAUUUGCACAAUCCCUUCGCCAUUUUUAGGGUUCUUUUCUUCUUCUCCUUCACACACCACUACCACUGUCCGUCAACCAUGGCAAAUUUCACCUUCUUCUCUUCUUCAUCUUCUCUGUCACACAUUCCAUCCAUUUCUGCUGCACCUGUUGACGACUCCUCCGAAGACUCCUGUAGUAUAUGCCUAGAGUCCUUCAACGUUCAUGACCCAUCCAUUGUUACCUGUUGCAAACAUGAAUACCAUCUGCAUUGCAUUCUUGAAUGGUCACAAAGAAGUAAAGAGUGUCCAAUAUGUUGGCAAUCACUUGCUUUGAGAGACCCUGCCAGUCAAGAGCUUCUAGCUGCAGUGGAAAUUGAAAAGCGCACGAGAUCAAGAAACAUGACUAAUUCUAGGGUCUCCAUUGAAGAGCUUAAUGAUAGCGAUGAUGAUUCUUGCUCAGAUGACUCUGAUUCUGAUGACCAAAUUAUGAGGCGCCUAGUUGCUGUUGCGAGUAGAGCUCGUUGUCUUGGAAGACGGGAAAGGAAGAGAUCACCUGGUGCUGGUUCAUCGGACGUACUUGGUUCCAACUCUUCCAUGCACGUAUCUGGGGUGCAAACAACACUUGCAACUUCACCACCUGGGGGCAGUUUUCUGGCUUCCACUGUACCAUAUACAGUUAAUGUUCCACCUCUGGCAUCAAAUGCUACGCCAGCGGGUGCAAGGAGACAAAACACUUCUGAGAUGAUUUCCUUCCCUGAGUCCAUCAAAUCUAAAUUUUCUGCUGCUUCAGCUAGAUAUAAGGAAUCAAUUUCUAAAGGUACGCGUGGCCUCAAAGAGAAGUUACUUGCUCACAAUGUCUCAGUAAAAGAGCUGAGUAAAGGUGUUCAGCGCGAGAUGAAUGCAGGCAUCGCUGGAGUUUCACGGAUGAUUGAACGCCUUGAACUUAGCUCAAAACGGUCCAGUUCUACUCUGGUCUCUAGUGGGGGAACUUCAGGCUUACCUGAAAAAGAGAAGUCUGUUGAAGAGAAUGGCAUUGGGUCUUCUCCAAGUAAAGAGAGUGGAGGUGCAGUUGAUGAUGUUAGUUCAAAUGUUCUCCCACUUGUUACUAACAUGCAAUCUUUUCGAAUGAAAAAUAUUCCACCUGUUCAGACCGGAAAUAAUAUGCUAUGAAGACUUGGUUGUUGGGAAAGUUGGCUUGACUUUACUGUGCUGGUCUCAAUUGUCCAAGAAGUGCAAGAGACGUCGCUUGAAACCAAUAUACCCGUUGGUAUUCGUCCUGCAUUGUUAUCGAUGAUCAAUUACUCGCAUUGUUAUCGAUGAUCAAUUACUCGUAGGAAUUAAAAUUAUGUUAGAUCAAUUUAUAGAGACAGUGUUUUCGUAGGAAUUAAAAUUAUGUUAGAUCAAUUUAUAGAGACAGUGGUUUCUUUUGAUGGAAGAUUAUUUAAUGAUUUCUUGUCCAUGUUUACUGUUUUUACAUGUCAAUACUUGUUUUCUUUAAUGAGUUAA